AUGAAGUCAUUAUUUGUUUUAAAUGCUGUAUCUGCUGUUGCAGGUUUUGUGAUUCCCGAGCAAAAUCUACUUGGCUCAGUGGUAGAGGAUGGGUUUGAACCUCCAUGGGCAAUCCCAGGACCCGAAACACAAGGGAACUUUGCUUCAAUGGUGUCUUACGCUGAUGAAUUAUCGAAUAACUUAGAAUUGACAUCGUCAUGGUCGCUUCACCGGUCAUAUCUGGCAGAGGAAGCUAGCGCUUGUGACCUAGGCGCCCGUAUUGAGAGCUGUGGUCACUGGAAUGAUCACCAUUACUCUAAUAACAAAACGGUCUACCAGAUAAUUACCUCUAACAAAGACACUAGUCUAUUUGCAAAAUCGGUUUCGCAAUUCGAUGACAUCGUGAAGAUUCUGGAUUCCCCUGACAAACAUCAUACAGUGUUGGUCCCAGGUAAUAGAGCCAUGGAAGCUGCAAUGAAAUUUCAUCCAGGAAAAGAGUUUACGAGACAAAUUGUUGAAUAUCACAUUCUGCAGAAACCUAAGACGGCGAAACAGAUAUUCCAUUCAAGAACCAUCCCUACCUUACUCGAACAGAAUGAGUUGGGAGACCAUGAUCAACGGAUCAGUACUCAGUUUACCGCCUUGGGCAUGACUAUCAACUACAUGGCCCGUAUAUACAAGUCAAAUCUGGUUGGUCUUGCUGAGCACCUUGACUACAUGAACCACAGUAACCUAAUCGAUCACAUUCUACUGCCUCCCUUCCAAUCCUCCGACACAUUAAGUCUCGUCCCUUCGGUCUUCAGCACUCUAGAUUUUGGCCUAGCGAAAACAGGACUAUAUAAAAUGAUAAAUGACACAUCGAGCCAUACGGGAGGCACAUUUUUUGCCCCAACCAAUAUCGCAUUCCGAAAGCUUGGUGCAAAGGUCAACGCAUUCUUGUUCACUCAAUGGGGAGAAAAGUAUCUCCGAGCCUUACUUGAAUAUCACAUCGUUUUUGGCCGCACAUUGUACUCAGAUGCAUAUCAUAAGGUAGAGAAAAAGGGAAGCGGAGGCAAGACAAUUCAUAUCGACCUCCCAACGCUACUUAAAGACCAUUCUUUAAGUGUCGAUAUUUCUGGGUUUGAUCGUUUUGAGAAAAUGAGAGUGAACGGAUUUAUCUCAGUUGCCAGUCCGGAUAUUAUUACUAAGGAUGGUGUCGUCCAUAUUGUAAACGACGUGUUGAUUCCUCCAAAGCACCCUCAUCACCACUCCCUCCCAUUUACCCCCGGAGAUGGACUUGCUGAAAUCUCCGAGAUUACAGUUGAAGAUAUCAUUGAGCGGCUUGAUCCUUGGGUAAGGAAACAGUGA